AUGUCCACUUCAGCCUCGUCCAUACCCCAGGCGCUCUGGGCCGCACAGGUGCCCUUGCACAUCACUCACCGGUCCGCGCCCUCUACACCCUUCAUCACAAGCGUCCCACGCUUCAGCUACCUGUCGCUUCUGCUGCCGCGCCUGUCGGCCUUCUUCGACGCUCCCUGCUCCAGCUUUCACUUUGAGGAUGUGCAGCUGAGGAACCUGGCGGUGGGGUUGCUGGCCGACCUGUACGCGCCUAGCCUGCCGUGGCGGCUGGUGGUGGAUGAUGGGGUUGCAUGGGAUAUUGGCGAUACUUUUCUGAAUAGCGUCAAGGAGGUACAUGCUGUACUGCCCCCCCCCCCCCCCCCUCCUCCUCCUGCUCCCCCCAUGCAACAUCCACAGUUCCCCCCUCACACCGGCUCUGGAGACAAGACAGGUCAUUGCUCAUGCUGCAGUCAGGCCGACUUUGUUCGCUACGGCAACGCCAAUCAGAUCAUGAAGAUGUCCAAGGAACACACCACUCAGCUCUGGAACUCGGUCAUUGACAACGACUAUGCUGCGUUUUCCAAGAUACACACACGCCUGCUCAACGCUCCAGCCACCCUCAAGCACGCCCCCAUGCGGGUGUACAUCCCCUCGACCCCCCCUGAUGCAGGCGGUGAUGGUUCCCCCUCUGCUCCCGCAGCCGGUGAAGCUGGGUCUUUCAGGAUCGUCCAAUCCUUGGUCCCUGUCAUGACACCAGACCGCAAGCCCAAGCUGCUGGGGCAGGCUCUCAAGGACUUGAUGCCCACGCUGUUCCCCAGCAGUCGAGACCCGGUGCUGGCGAGUGUGGUGCUUCACGGUGUGUCUGCUCCCUUUGACGCCCCCUUGGGAGAGAUGAUGAGGGAAGCUGCAUAUCCUGAUGGGUGGCUUUGCUUUGUGGUUGUUGUUUAA